CACACACACUGCAGCUCCUGUUCCGUGCUCUUUACGUUUCUCGCCACGCUGGCAAUAGUAGAAAGAUCCAAAUACGCUAUUGCUAGUUUCCAAAACAUCCAAUCAUUAUCAGCACUGCUUAAAAAAAUUGAAAUCAACCGAAAGACUUUGUUGAUGAAGAGCUGUGUGUGCAGGGAACAAUUAGGUUGAUAAUGACAGCAAGUGCAUCGAGGUUCCGCACUCCUGGGUUCCCACAUUCGAAAUUCCUUCAGCAUUCGGAUCAUGACUGGAAGUUCAACAAUGCCUUUCAAUACACCCUGGCGGAUGGAGACUGCUCGAAAUCGGAAUUCGUGGUGGAGGAGAGCGAGAGACUGUGCAGGGAGACGCAGGAAAGGACGGAGAAGCACAAGCUGCAGGUGGAAAGGAAGUUCGACCAAAGAAUCGCCGACGUCAACUACUGGCGCCAGGAGGGAGACAAGAGCAUUGCGAAACUCGAAGACAGUCUUGACAAGUUGGCGCACUUGAAGAUCCGAUUGAAGAAGGCGGCAGAAAAUUGCAAAGAUCCUAUUCUCGCCUGCAAGAAAGCCAUGAUGGAAAGGGACAAACGGCUCGGCGUCGACAUGGUCCAGGAUAAGCCUCAGAUGGAGAUACAGAAGUAUCACAUCCUACUAGAAGACGUCCUGGCUAUUUUUGAGAAAACGAUCCAGGAGAUAGAGGACCAAAUGAUCAGCGACAGAGCUGCCAAGCAGAGACUUCUGAGGGACGUCACAGACAAGCAGGCUGCCUUGGAAAUCGACACCCAUGCCUCCAGUUGUAGACCAGAGAAUAAGCCGUCGAAAGGUUUUAAAUUCGAUCCAGAUCUUAUGACUCCCGAGAAGGUUUCUUUGACAAUGGCAGACUGGGAAAGAACUACGAGGCACAAUAUCGAAAAAGCUGAGCGGGAAGUAAAAAAUUCACGUGAUUUUACACCGAGAACAGAGGAAAUGCUCUCUCGCACUUACAAUGACCUCACACAGCAGCGCCUCCGGGUUAUCAACGCCUUGAAGGACCGUCUCAAGGAACUGUGCGAUGCGCAGAAAAACCUGGAGCAAAGGCAGGCUCGCGUCCAGAAGCAGAUUCUGGAUAUGGAGGAUACCAUCCUGAAAUUGGACCAGGCUAUGGAGCGGAAGUAUCCUUCCAUCGAACUAGCCUCUAACCGCAUGGAAGGCAGGAGGCAACGCCCACGGCACGAGCUCUGCAGGGACUCGGUGGACGUGGAGCUGGAGGAAGAGGUUCGCUACCUCAGCCUGUCCCUGCACCAGCUGAGGAAGCAGAAGAGUGAGGCCCAGGAGAUGCUGAGGAAGCUGGACCAGACGCGCCUCGCCCUCCAGAAGGACAUCGAGGUCAAGAAGAACAGCAUCUACAUCGAUCAGGAACAUUGCCUCAACACGUUUUCGAAUGUGUCUCACAUACAUCACUGAACAUCGAAUCGAUUGGGGUAUGAAAGUAGUUGUGCGAUAACACUGCCGUGGCAGAUAACUGUAACCAACUCUACGAUUUUAUUAGUAAUGAUAGACUUUAGAUGGA